CCCCCCCCCAGAUCAUCGAUUGCAUUCCUGACAGAGCCGCAUCCCCAAGGCCAAGCCACACACGGACAAGCAGCAGCGAAAUCAUGUCUUUCAGACGGGCACCUCUCGUGAGCCUCGCUCUCACGCUGUUGCCGUUGGUUGUGGCUGACGACCACCCCUACGUCGCCGAUUCAGUGUGCGACUGCUACUUGACCAACUCGUCAGAGAGCUACUUCAGCAACCACUUGUUCUUCGACUUCCGCAACCUCGGUCAAUACGCCGGGGUCCCAGAUGCCCUCACUGACUGGGAUGCGAGCGCCAACGCAAACACAACAUCCGACUACUUCAACUCGGACGCAUGGAACGCGAUAUGGGGUAUCCAGAACUGGAACAACACGGAUCGCAAGGGGAAAGACGGCAACGAUGCCACGGUCAACAUGGUCAACUCGCCCAACAACAUUUACAUUGAAAAGAACAACGACAAGGACGCGACCUCGGAUACCUUCAUGAGCAUGCGCACCGUCCGCUUCGAAGACUUCCAGUCCUCGGCCGAGAUGGAGUCCGUCUCCAUGGGCUACCACUUCGUCUCGGUUCGCAUGCUCGCCCGCACCCUCGGUGACCCGGGCGCCUGCACGGCGCUCUUCACCUACCGCGAGGCCGACAAGUACGCCGACGUGCAGGAGGCCGACAUCGAGGUGCUGACCAAGGACCCGGACGACCGCAUCCAGUACACCAACCAGCCGUCGUUCGACUCGAGCGGCAACACCAUUGACAAGUCGACGCAGAACGGCACCAUGCCCCGGGGCACCUCGUGGCGUGACUGGGCCGUCCACCGCCUCGACUGGGACGCCAAGGACAGCACCUGGCUCGUCGACGGGUCCGAGACGUCGAGCAUCGCCUUCCAGGUGCCCCGCGACCCCAGCCGCGUCAUGCUUAACUCGUGGAGCGACGGCGGGUCGUGGUCUGGCAUCAUGGAGGUCGGGCACUCGGCCGUCAUGCAGAUUCAGUGGAUCGAGAUGGUUUUCAACUCGACAGAGUCGUCUUCGAAGCGCGACGUCCUCGACAAGAGCUACCACCAGGCCGGGCUCGGUCCCAGAGGUCACCUGGACCGCCGCCGCGGCGAGGGCAAGUGCCAGAUUGUGUGCAGUAUCGAUUCGUCUGCCACCAUUGGCGAGGCUGUGAUGCUGCAUAAUGGUACGGCGCCGGGCCAGCUUCUGGGACAGUCGAGCGCCAUGGCUUUCUGGGUGCCUGUGGCGUUGAUGUCGGCCAUGUUUUACCAGUUGUGGGCGUGAUGUUGCAUCACAGACAUGGGGCGUUUACAUCUGAUUCCUACUAGCAUAGCAACGGGGUUUAAACCUGGGAUUUAUCCAGUAUUACAAUUACACAUACUUUGAAGCUUAUUCGGGAUAUGCUCAUCGUGAAUCCCUUGACAUAGGUGCCAUGUGUUAGGGAAAGUCAAGCGGGAGCUUUGGAGUGGUCAGCUUUGGAGUGGUCAGCUUUGGAGUGGUCAGCUUUGGAGUGGUCAGCUUUGGAGUGGUCGG